GCCAUAUUUACCUCAAAGAAACUGAAUGAAGAAAACAAAAUACUCUCCAAUAUCUGAUAAUUUGCUCAACCUAGAGACAGAAAUGUCGAAUAAAAGGGUCAGUUAUGACCCUAAUACUCUACCGGUUCCCGAUGAUAUAGAGAAUCUGCAUAAUGAUGUACAGAAUGACAAUCACGGAAGAGAUAACCACCUCAAACGACAAUCCAGUAUUCAGCACAACGAACUCCUUGCUCAAUUACCUAGCAAACAAAUAGACUUAGACGAUCCACAUUCUAAGACUUUUAGCUUAGAACGGGAUCGGCGACGGAGCACAUUACGACGCCGCAGGUCAACUAGGGUACAGAAUGGAGCUGAUGAAGUAGAUCUGACUAUUGAACCAAAUUUAACAACAGAGCAUGAGAACUGGGAGAGACAACAAACAUUACGAAAUGUGACGGCAUCUUUAGAUAAAAAGCGUGUUCUCAGGCGACAGUUGAUGUCCACACCCACCCAGAGUCUAACUGGAGUACAGAAAUGGAAACAUGACCAAUCAGUGAGAUGGGCAAAGUUUAAAACUCGAGCUAGUGACCUUUUCUCCCAAGUUGAAGUAUGGAAAGGAUCCUUGAAAACCAUAGAAGGCUAUUAUGGCACAGGGGUACUAUCGUACUUCAGGUUCGUCAAGACAUUAAUGUUCCUGAAUUUUCUCAUCGCAAUAAUCAUGAUUGGCGUCAUCCUGGUACCACAAAAAGUCUUAAAGCCAGAAACAUUUGAAAUUCAAACAUGUACAAAUGACACUAUGGUACUUCAACCUGUGGUAGCCGCAGCUCAGUCAGUGACUAAUGUGACAUCAUCAUCUAAUGUGACAUUAUCACCUAAUGUGACAUCAUCGCCUAUUGUGACACCUUCAGGCCAAAGUAGGUCAAGCAACGCAAGCUAUGGGUGUCAGUCUUUAACUUGCAGUAUUAGAUACAAAGAAUAUGUGGAGAAUUUUACUGCCACUCAGAAUGCUGCUCAAGUUGUGCCUGCCAUUCAGCAAGUGUUAGACUUUCUUCAGGGAACGGGCUGGAUGGAACGUACGGAAAUGUUCAUUGGAUACUAUUUCAAUAAGACUUACACAAGUGUGUUAUCAGAGAUGGAGGAGAAAUACAAUAUGCCCCUUGCUUACCUGUGUUCUGUUGGGGCAUACUUUACAAUCAGUCUUCUUCUAAUGGUGCAAAGCACUGCCUCAGGGAUCAAGGCCAGCCUGGUAAACAGAGAGGAAAGAUUCUACCAGUACUGCAACAAGAUCUUCUGUGGCUGGGAGUAUGGUAUUACAAGGGAGAAACCUGCAGCACUCAAAAUGAAAAACAUAAGUUUUGAUUUGGAGCAAGACCUCAUUGAGCAGAGAAGACAGGUGAAACAAAAAAACUUGAACAGGGGACAGAAAUGUCGUCUUUAUUUCAUCAGGAUCAUCGUGAAUAUCGGUGUAUUGGCGAUAUUGGGUGGAGCUUUCUUUUGUAUAUUUAAAGUCCAAGAAGAGACAUAUAAGCUGGCAUCAACAGUUACAAAUGCAUUUCUUGUGCUACUCAUUCAGUAUCUCCCAGCUUUGACCAUCACAUUGCUCAAUGUUAUCAUCCCCAUCGUCUUCCUAAAGGUUGUCACUUGGGAAGAGUAUGCACCAGCUGUGGAGCUAAAUAUAACCCUUAUAAGAACUGUUUUUCUUCGGCUGUCUUCAUUGGCUGUCCUCAUUGUAGUUAUAGCCAAUCAGAUCUUGUGUAACAGCACAGCAGAAGACAAUGCCCCCUGUACAUAUUGUGAUAGAAAGACACAGUGUUGGGAGACAUAUGUAGGACAGCAGCUGUAUAAGUUAGCGUUGCUGGAUUUCUUAGUCAACUUUGCUUCAACAUUCCUCUACGAACUUCCAAGAAAGCUUUUAGUGAAGUACUUUGUCAAUGUGAAACUAGUUCAAUGGGUAGGCCCACCAGAGUUUCAGAUUUCCAAAUGUGUUUUAGAUGUAGUCUAUUCCCAAGUAUUAUGCUGGCUAGGUGCAUUCUUCAGUCCUUUCAUCCCGGCAAUGACAUUUGUUAAGUUCUUCCUGCUAUUCUACAUGAAAAAGUUCACACUAUUGAAGAGCUGUGUGCCCUCCCAACGACCCUAUAGGGCUUCUAAAGCUAAUUUCUUCUUCAUGGUGAUCUUGUUGGUGUCAUUUGCCCUCUGCUGUGUACCCAUAGGUUACGUUAUAGCUAUCAUUAAGCCUUCUAAAGGCUGCAGCCCCUUUAGGAUCCAUAGCUCAGAAAGCUAUACGAUGUGGUCUACAAUAGGUGACCUCGUCAACUCCUGGCCUGGUUUGCCACAACAAAUAUUUACAUUCCUUGGUUCACCUGGAUUCUAUAUCCCCUUCGUAAUUGUACUUGGGCUGCUCCUGUACUACUACUAUGCUGUGUCUGUAGGCCACAAACAUUACGUACAGUUAUUGAGUGAACAGUUAGCCCUAGAGGGACGUGAUAAACAAUUCCUCUUGUCAAGGGUACAGGAAGCUUUACUCAGAGGGGAGAUCACCAGCAAUAGUAUGGUUAGGAGCUGAGCACUGACAUCAAGUCAGUUUCGCUGUUUCCAACAUAUCAAGUGAUCAUUGGUCGAAAAUGGAUCGAUUCCAAUAUUCUAUCCCAGCAUCUUGGUGGAAAAUUGGAACAUUGUUGUUCUGAAUGAAUGAAACUAACAUCAGAUCAGACAGUUGAUGCAAUUCUGU